GUAUCUCCCUUUACCAUUCAACCGUCUGCUGGAGAAAUACCUCCUUUGGGUACAUGCAGUGUGUCAGUUCAGUUCACAUCAUUGCUGUGCCAGCGUCUCCAGACAGUAUUAGAAUUGGAGGUAGAAAAUGGAGAAGGAAGUCAUCUUCCUGUUUUUGUUGAAGUUCAGACCCCUCAAGCCUGCCUGAUAUCUAGUCAUCUAGUAUUCACUGAAAUUUAUACUGGAGUUCCUGCCAAAGCAACCAGCAAAAUUUUUAACCAGACACUGCUGCCAGCAAAAUAUUUGUGGGGAAAGCUCAUUGGAAGUCAGGCAGCUUUCUGCUCCACCGCUGUCUCCCCAGCCAGUGGCACCUUAGGCCCAAAUGAAGAAAAAGAAUUCUGCAUAGAGCUGUCAGCUAACAUCAUGGGUGAGCUGAAAGACCUUGCCCUUUCCUGUAGCAUAGAAGACAUGAUUGAACCCCUCUUUCUGAGCAUUUCUGGAGAAGUGAAAGGACUGCAUGUCACCUACUCAGUACCUUGUGACCGUGGAGUUGCCAGUGAUGAAAGACAAAUGUUACAAAGCCCGUGUGAUCUUCUUUUGGACUUUGGAUCUGAAGUUGCAUUUAAAGACAUAAUAAAGCGUCAGCUAAUUCUUACCAAUCACACUGGAAUCAGUGCUCCAUUCAAACUAGAAGCUGAGUAUUUUACUGGCUAUUCACUUACUCCAGAACAAGGAAUCUGCCCCUCCUCAAGCUACCUGGUGAAAAGAAGAGGGCCUGUCACAAAACAUGCAGCCAGAAGAGCACAGUCAGAGUUUGCAGCAGCAGUGCUGUCUCCUGGGAAGGGAGCAGCUUUCCAUAUACAACCUUCCACAGGAACUCUGAAAGCCUUCCAGCAGCUAAUCAUAGAAAUAACAGCUUACAACAACAUGUGGGGAGAGUACCAGGAUGAUCUUGUCUGUAAGGUGGGAGACUUACAGCCGAAACUAAUUCCUAUGCAAAUGACUGUGAAAGGCUGUCCAAUCUUCCUACAGAUGACAGGACCACAAACAGAGCAACCCAUAAUCAGGUUUGGCACUCAUGUCUCUGGAGGGUCUCCUGUCUUUCGGAGGGUCCGGCUCAACAAUCCCACUCCCUUUGACAUCCGCCUGGACUGGGAAAUUUACAACCAAGAGCAAGAUGAUAAAAAGCUGGUGGACCUGUUGAUGUUCUUUGGAGACCCUUUUCCUCCUAAGGACACGGAUGAAAAUGAGACUGCAUCAGUUGGUAGCACCUCAGAGUCAGAGAUCGUGUUAAAGUUGGAUCAAGCUGCCGUUCCCUGCGGAAGCAUUUAUCCAGCUUGGCAAACCACAGAUGAGUCUUCAGACUCUGACAGCGAAGAGAAGGAAAUCGUCACUCAAGAACCUACAAUACCGAAAAUUGUCUCUGUACUUAUACGACCUCAUGAAGGAGUUCCUGCAGACAACCCCUACUCCAUUACUCCAAGACAGAUAGUGGUCCCAGGAGGUGGCAGCAUCUUCGUUUGCAUCUCCUUCACCCCACGCCUCCUGCCAGAGGCCGAGCCUGAAAUGCAAUGUGAAGGGUUUGUGCUGGGUUUCAUGAACCUAGACGACAAGCUUGCAAAGACAGUGCCUAACAAAGUGCAUCGCAGACAUGGCUACGAAGCUCCACCAUUACGAAUAGACUUGCAAGCUUUCGUAAGGCAUGCUCUGUUAAAAGUAGACACGGAUCAUGACAGAGGUAUGGUGUUCUACUCAACAGCAAGUGAUCUCGUACCAGAUCAGCCUCUGUUAAGAGUUUUGACAGAUUCGGUAAUGACUCAGAGUUUGAAACUCAUCAAUUGCACUAAGGUUCCUCUGUACUUCAGGCUCCUUCUGUCUACACCCUUCAGCCUGACCAGCACAGAUCUCAAAAAGAGCACCAAAACAUCCCACAGCAAGAAGGAGGAAAAAGAACAGCAACCGCAACUUGUACUUUAUCCACAGCAAAACAUGCUGGUGAAAGUGUCAUUCCACACAACUCUGGAGUUACUUACCUAUCAACAUUUGCCACAUACCCAGCUGCUUCCUGGAUUCCAAGUGCUCCAGUUUGAGAACGGAGAGAGAAAGCUGAAGUUUAAUCAAAAUCUGGUCAUUGAAUAUAGUAACUGCACUACGCAGCUGAUCCCAGUGACUGCAUACCUCACUGUUCCAGUUCUGGAGCUCUCUUGUGACACGGUUGAUUUCAAGACCUGCUUUGUUGCACAGACCAAGACUGAACAUGUCUUCCUGUGUAACAGGAGUGGCUGUAGAAGUUACUGGACUGCUUUGCUAGAUGAACAGCAAAGGCAUCACAACCUGGAAGUAUUUUCUGUCUCCCCUACUAAUGGCAUUUUGGAGGCACGUGAAGGGGACCCACCUACCAAAGAGAUUUUGCAGAUCAGCUUUACUGCAAGGAGUGACACUGAAUAUGAAACUAUCGUGACCAUUACUGGAAUGCUGGGAGAGGAGCCUUGCAAGCUACAGAUCAGGGGGCGAGGAACAUACGAUGGAAAGUAUGAAGACCUGUAUUUAAUUUAA